AUGGCUGCUAUCGAAAAUAAAGCAAAUCAAUUAAACGUUGCACUUGAAAAAUUAAAUAAGGCGGAAGAAAAGUUGAAUGAGGCAGGAGAAAAGUUGAAAAGGUUAGACGAAGUGAAGGCUUUGAUGAGGAAGUUGAAUAGUGAUGAUCUAAAGGAAGAGAAACCUGAGAAUAGAAAGUUAUAUAAGGAUUCAG